AUGAAGAGAAAGAUAGAUUCGGUUGAAGAAGAACACGAGAGUGAACAUGAAGAAAGUGAAAGUUCCGGUGAUGAAAGCGAGGAUGAAGAACCAAGAAUAAAAGAAGAACCUAGAAUAAAAGAUGUUUUGAGUCAUCUUUCCCGAGCAGUGUCGGAAAAGCGUGCUUCUGAUUUGCUGCAUAGUAUGGCCGCGUCCAAAGAUAUUCUUUUCUGGAAUCCCAGCGGACAAUUACUUCGAAAUAAACACACUAUUCCCGUCACAAACAUCGCCGAGCUAGUUGAGUAUGUGUUACUCCCACUAACAAUGAGGUUACCAAGCCUCGUGCGCUGAAUACGUUUCUAGAUGGACUUGCAGAGUUAGGAAUCGAUAAAGGUUUAAUCAAAAACGAAAAGUUGUUAAGUGAUUUAAUAGAAAAGGAAAAAGGCUACCGAAAUGUAGAAAAUACUUCCGAUAAUGAGAGUAAUAAUGAGGAGAGUUCAUCGGAUAUUGAAAAUCAGGAGGAGGAGGAGGAGGAGGAAGUUGCUUCUGAGAAUGGCGUUGAAACUGAAGGGGCACCCAAGAGAGCGACAACGACACUAAAAACGAUAGUGAGGAAACAGAAAGUAGUAGCCCUGAAACGUCCACCACCUUACACUCUAAAAGUCCCUGUAAACGUUGCGAAAACUCUAAUGUGUACUCCACAUUGA